AUGCUAAGUUACAAGAAGCUUUUGACUGUUGCAUUUUUCCCUUUAAUUUUCUGUGAAGCUCGAAGGGUUUUGGGCACAGACGAGAUACCCAGCGUUCAGGAAAGUCGUCAUGCACGUGCCCUUCCCUGCCCGAUCCCUGAAGACAUCCUCCCAUGCACGUGCUCUGAAGACGUCGACGGGGCGAUAGACAUGGACUGUUCACACGUAGAGAGCGAGGAACAACUAGCCAGGGUGUUCACUGCAACCAUCCCGUUCCCCAAUUUCCGGAGACUCGUCAUAUCGCAAAACACCCACUUAAAAUCUCUCCAACGAGGUGCUUUGGGCCGGACCUCGUUCAGGGAGAUCUACGUCAUGGGGAGUGUCCUGCAGGAAGUCCAAGAAGGGGCGCUGAACAACAGCCACGCCACUCUCACCGACAUUCGGAUCUACUCGAACAACCUGUCGGACUUUCCCUUCCAGGAACUACCUCUUUUCACGUCCCUGCUUCGCCUGGACCUGAAUCACAACGACUAG